AUGGCAAGCCAACCACAGGCAAAGAAGGCAAAUCCCAAAUCCAAGCUAAACCAGCGAUCGACGACGCCCCUGCACAUCUACGUCGCCGGCGGCUCGGACAUUCGCGAAACCGGCCUAGGCGGCGAGUUCCGAGACGUAGAACCGGACGUCGUCACCACCGAAGGCGCCGUCUCCGUUCCCGUACGCCAACCCCGUCUUAACCUCGAGGAUAAUGCCAUCGUGCAGAUUUCCGUGGGCCAGAAGCACACCGCCGCUCUCACGCAAAAGGGCACCGUGCUGACGUGGGGAUCAAAUGAUUUCUAUGCCCUUGGAAGGGAUACGCCGUCGGUGGGACACGAAGGGUGGCCCGAAGCCGUGCAGGCCCUUGUGAAUUUGAAGCUGGAGAUUGUGCAGGUUGCUGCCACCGAUCAUGCUACUUUUGCACUUACUUCGAAUGGACGGGUUUACGGAUGGGGGACAUUCAUGAGCGACGAUGGGGUAAUAGGAUUCCUCAAGGACCUCAUCGAACAUAAGACCAAAGUCGACCCAGAUGAACUCAUAGCCAAAAUCCCCACUCCCAUCCCCGGCCUCAAGGACAUCAAAGAACUCGCCACCGGGUCAAACCACAUCCUAGCGCUAACACGCACCGGCAACGUCUACGCCUGGGGGUCCGGUCACCACGGCGAACUCGGCCGCCGUCUCGUCUACCGCCACCAGUUCGAAUCCCUGACUCCCCGUACCAUCUCCUUGCCCAAAAACCAGAUCGUUCGCAUCUUCGCGGGCUUCUACCACAACUUCGCCGUCGAUAAGAAGGGCCGUGUUUGGGCUUGGGGCUUGAACAACUUCUGUCAGGCCGGCGUUCCGGCGGAGGUGGAGGAGGGUGGCACCGAUAACCUCCAUAUUAGCCACCCGGUGCAGGUGCAGACGCUAGAAGGUGUCCAAAUUAGACACAUGGCUGGGGGCUUGCAUCAUAGCAUUGCUUGCGCCGAGGAUGGGAGGAUCUUGGUCUGGGGACGGUGCGAUGAUAGCCAGAUGGGUGCUUCGCUGGAGAGAGUGAAAGACAACUUCCUUUUGAAAGACGAGAGAGGUGUCCCACGGAUAUUGAUGAUGCCGUUGGAAAUACCAGGUCUCAAAGCCCAAUUUGUUGCAGCGGGCACAGACAACUGCUUUGCCGUCGACCCGGAUGGAAAGAUAUACGCCUGGGGCUUCUCUGACAACUUCCGUACUGGCCUCGGCACGGAGGACUCGGUCAAGGAGCCGACACUGGUUUCGACCGAAGGCUUGUCCAAACUCUCUGCCAAAUUGGUGGUUACCCGAGGGCCGUUUACCUUCUUUGCUGGAGUGCCAGCGGAGGUGGAUGUAGCCUCGGAAGAUGAUUAG